AGAACACGGAGCGGCGACGAGGAAAAGGUGGAACGACGUCAAGGCGCCAUGGUGCCCCGUCGUGGAGAUGAUCCACGACCCAGAAUGGAGGCUCCCGCAGGAGAUGUUGAAAACUCGAUCUCCACGUACUACCCCCCUGCGGCCGCCCGGAACGAGAAUGCGGCUCUACUGCUGAGUGCGGGAGAUGAAGUUGUCCUAGUGGAUACUAAUGCGACGUCGAACGCGGUGGGACACGUUGAAGAUGCUGGAGGUGCAGCAGAUCAGGAACAGGAGAUGGAGCAUGUUGAUGAAACAACCCCCUCGUCCCGCGGGGGCUGUUGCCAGUGCUCCUGCACAAAAAACUGCGUCGUGCUCAUCCUUCUCCUCCUAUUUCUCGUCCUCGCAGGAGGCGGUGCUUGCGUUUUGAUUUUCGUUCCCUGGUUCGACGGUUGGAGUGAAUCUUGGUACACGAGAUGGAGGAGAAAAGGAGAAUGCGUUUCGAAUCGAGAAUGGGGGUGGCCAUUUAACGGCGGGGGCGGUGGUGGCGGUGGCGGUGGUGGCGAUGACGGUGGUGGCGAUGACGGUGGUGGCGGUGGCGGUGAUGGCGGUGGUCCUGAAGAUGGCGGUGGUGGUGAUGGCGGUGGUCCCGAAGAUGGCGGUGGUGGCGAUAGCGGUGGCGACGAUGGCGGUGGCGGCUCUCCACGACAGAACCUGCAGGGCGGCUCUCCACGACAGAACCUGCUGGGCGGCUCUCCACGACAGAACCUGCAGAAACACCGCGUCCGCCACGAGAAAAUCGACUACAAAGAUGGCCCGGGGGUGUGGCCAACCGAGGACUUAGAAAACGUUAAGGAUCCAGUGGGGAUGAUGCACGAGAAAUACCACGGCUUUUUGACCCAAGCCUCGAUUGAUGACGUGGAAAGGAAUUUCUACAAAAAAAAUAUUGGUGUUGCUCCAUCUGCAGCUCCACCUGGAAGUGGAACUACACCACCACCUCCCGCACCUCCUGUCCAGACGAAAAUUCCGCGAACUCUGAUUCUCACAGCGUUUUUUGACGAAAAGGAUGUGACUUUGGACGAGUUUCUGCGGUAUCAGAACUGGCGGGAUCCGGAGAAAACACAAGGGUUUGCGCAGUGGGCCAAGUUGAACGCGGGACCGGGAAAGGAGUUUGAAGUGAAGUUCUUCAACCUGAAUGCGGCCAGAGAGUACCUGCAGGAGCAUUACAAAAAGGAGAUGCUCUGGGCAUUCGAUGCGUUCGAUAUCUACACCAUGAAAUCCGAUUUGUUCCGCUUGCUAGUCCUGUACCGGGAAGGGGGGGUAUACAUGGACUGGAAGCUCGCCCCGCUCGUCGGCUGGGACAAGCUGUUGGAGAUGGCGUUUUCCGGGACGGAAAAGUUCCGGUCCCCAAGAAAAGAGACGAGAGACCCGGUCACGGGCACGGUCGUUGCGGAGGAAAAAAUGCAAAACAAGGACGACAUUGGAGUCAUCUUCGCCUGCCAGGACUUCACGUUUUCGUUUGGGGUCAAAGACCCUUAUUUUUUCGAAUCGUUUCCGGCUAUCAAGCAGUUGCCCAAGUGGCCGAAUCAAGACUCCUCAUUACAAGGCUUGAUGAACGCUUUCAUCGCGGCGAAGCCUUUGAACUUACUCCUCGGGGACAUGAUCUACCACAUAUUCCGUCGCGUGGAAUUGCACGCCUACGGAAACACCGUGUGGGAUACCACGGGGCCGAUAGGCCUCUACAUCUCCUUACUUCGCGCAGACCCAAGAACCGCGAAGGUGACAAAAAUGCCACAGGUAUUGCAGCAGGCCACCCUCACGCGGCACCAACCACUGGCCGGAAGUACUACGCGAAGGACGUUGUUUCGAAGCGCCGGGGGGCAGACACAGACUUCCUCUAGUACACAGCGUCAGCAGGGUUCUGAUCUUUCAAACCGUGCACAGACUAGUGCACGACCUCCGAGCAGCAAUUCGACGUCUUCAAACCUCGCUGGUCUCCUCGACUAUGAACUGCAAAAGCAUCGUACUAGUAUAUAUAAAUUGCAUUACAAAUACAAAUUAGCCCAGCACUACAAAUUAAAUUUGUAAUGCUGAUUUGCCUUGAGAAAGAAAUUGGUAAUGCAUAAAUGCAAUUACUACGAGUACGAUACUUUUGCACAGGAUAUCGACUCUGCGGAGUGGAUUUUCGAACGACAAGCGCGGCGGAAAAAAGGCGAUGUUUUCGGAAAGUGGGAGUGUUCACAGCUCCAGGGGGGCCCGGGCGACGCAGCGUUUCUGGUCUUCAACGGACUAAACCACUGGCUUCCCAACCACGAAAUCGCCUAUUCCCUUCCGGGGAAUGUAUCAAAUGUAAAAAUGUCUGGGUCUGGAAACUUGUGAUGCUGUGUGGCAUAUCAUGAGGAGGCGACAAUUGCUGGCUCAGCAUGACAAGUUUCUGAGCUUCUAGGUGUUGCCUAUUCUGCAUGACAAAAUACGUUUCUGCAUGACAGAAAAGUGGGGCUCUUCAGUAAUGUGCAUGACAGAUUUCAGAGUCAUGCCAGACAAGCAUGACAAACUUGCACUCUUCCAGACCCAGACAUUUUUACAUUUGAUAGAAUGACCCAGAGAUCGAUAAGCUCGCCGUGGUAAAAAAGGUCUGGUCGGGCACUCGCGCGGGCGGCGGAUGGAGCCACGGUGGCACCGAGCCGCUGCCGCCCGGAAUCCCCCGCCACCUCAACGGGCGGAACUACAUGGAGGACUGGAAGGAGCGGAAGUGGUUCGCAGCCAACUGCUAUGCAUGGCAAAUAUGUAGUCUGGGUCUGAAAGGAGCAUCGCAAUUUGUCAUGCGAACUAUUCUAGAUCAUGACAAAAUCUGCCAUGCAUGGCCAGCAAGAGGGGCGCAUUUGUUCUGUAUACCGAAAGAGGGGCGCAUUAGGCAACAUUUGGAGACCUGCUCGAAAUCAUUAUCAAUCUGUGAUGCUAGGUCUGCCAUGCCCGACGAAGAUCCGGGUCGGGCAAAAGCUGCAUGAGAGAUCUCGCGCUGCUUUUCCAGACGACCCAGACAUAUAUUUGCAUUCGAUAAUUGUUACGAGGAGGUUUCAGGGGUCUCCUGGCCGGGCGUCCCGGAUAAGGAGUACCAGUGUCGGUAAGAAGGGCAUCAAGGGACGACGAGCAGCUGUGCAAUAAAUGCAAAAGCAAGAAAUAGCUCAUAGUUCAGAUUUCGCCAAUGAUGCAUGCUUGCUCCCAGUACGAAUUCGAACUUUAUCCUGCAUUACAAAUUCCGCAUGACAUGCUCAAGCCCCGUCCUGAUCGGGGUCGACGUGUGGGUGCCUUCUUCUGUGUACAAUACACCUUCCACGUCCUGCGCGCUUUCACGACAAUUUACAUUACAGUAGUUCUAGUGCGCGCUUUCUAGUUCACGACAAUGUACAAUGCAGUAGUUCUAGAAGUCACGACAACUCCUACGUCUAUGUACAAUACAGUAGUUCCAGUGCGCGCUUUCACGACCCAUAAAAAUGUAGCGCCGAUCAUUGAAUAGCGACAUCCUCCCAAUCAACCCUUUUUUGCAAUCCUACCCUAUGCUAGAAAGAUGAUGUAUGAUGAUGACAACCUGAGUUGUGGCAGAAAUAAAGGUUUCUUUCGCAAUCACUUUGGUGUGGCCCGUGUCAUUCCCAAUCUUCCUUCUGUUGAUGGUGCCCCUGGCGAGCGAUUACCCUUGUAGCCCUGGGUAGAAUCUCGAGUUCGUUGCACUAGGCGACUUGAAAACUAUUUGAUUUGAUUUGAUGACGCUAUGUUUUCUAGUAGUAUUAGUAGUAGCGAUUCCGAAGUUUUCUACGUAUGAGGCAUUCUGAAGAGUGAAAUGCUGUGAACACGACAAACGUAGGGUGCUGUUGCUGUUGCGAAGAAAAUCAGUCGUAUGCAGGGGAGACGUGGUUUCCGCCUGCUUGCGCGUUCUGGAAUAGGGUUCAGCGCAGCUUCACUGGUGUGCAUUCUGUUCCUGCACUUUCCAGAGGCGCAACCAGCUCGAAGUAGCAAGAUGCACAAUUAUAGCGCUGUACUUUCGAAGAUUCCAACGCGCAAGGCUUAUGCCUCGCACACACUAGCUUCAGUAGAGUAGAGCAGUCUUCAUGUGUUCGCCCCGAUUUGGAAGCAGCGCGCGUCGCUACUGCUACUCCGUCCCUGUCUACAAAAGAGCGAAAUGCGUCAAGAGUUGCCGUUCCGGAUACAGGUGCUAAGUGCUUCAGAAUGUUCAUAGUCAUACUUCGAGACUAUUGAGAAUAGAAAUGGAUCACUACGAUAGAAAUUAAUGGAUCACUACAAAAGAAAUGGAUCACUCAUCUUCGAGGGGAGUAGUAGAAAAUUGAUCACGAAUCGCGCAGAAUGUUCACUGAGUACGCGUACUGGCGCAGCUGCUGAAAAAAUUGAGAUCAUGACAUCACUGCCCCGCUGUUGAUGCUAAUUGGCAGCGGCAAUACAAAUUGACAUUUUGGAGGAAAUAAAAACCAAAAUAAACUUUGUGCACAGGAGCUUUUCUCUUUUCCGGAUUUGAUUUUUCGAAACCGAAACUGAGACGCUGGUAAAACCACCAAUGUUUACUGAUACGUAGUGAGAGCUGAUCUUCUUCCUUCCAAGGUUUCGCAGCGAUCUGCGAAGAAACUUACACCUACUUACACAGUUUUUUUCUUGCAUAGUGUGCACUUUGCGGACAAUAAGGAAAUGAGUAAAUUUUAUACCUAGAAGCGACGCAUCAUCCUUUGAUAGCAACCACUUAUACAUAGUGCCAGUACCACAACCAGCCGCCAGAACACGGAGCGGCGAAAAGGUGGAACGACGUCAAGUCGCCAUGGUGCCUGGUCCUCGUGCAGCUGAUCACCGUCGUGGGGAUGAUCAUGUAACGACUGAUGUUAACACGUCAAAAAAACUGCUAUCGCCGCCACCUUCCUCGCUGCACUAUGAUGAUCCGGAUCCACGACCUAGAAUGGAGGUUCCCGCAGGAGAUGAAAACUCGAUCUCCACGUACUACCCCGCUGCGGCCGCCCGGGACGAGAAUGCGGCUCUACUGCUGAGUGCGGGAGAUGAAGUUGUACCAGUGGAUACUAGUGCGAGGAACGCACUGGGACACGUUGAAGAUGCUGGUGCAGAUCAGGAACAGGAGAUGGAGAAUGUGGAAACAACCUCCUCCCGCGGGGGCUGUUGCCAGUGCUGCACGAAAAAGUGCGUGCUCAUUCUUCUCCUCGUAUUUCUCGUCCUCGCAGGCGGUACUUGCGUUUUAAUUUUCGUUCCCUGGUUCGACGGCUGGAGUGAAUCUUUGUACACGAGAUCGAGAAAAGGAGAAUGCGUUUCGUUUCGAGACGUGGUCUGGCCAUUUAGCGGCGG